AUGGAUGAUGUACACUUGACUGAAAGAGAACAAAGGCCACGACGGAGAGAGCAGCUUGAGGCAGAUAUUGCCCAGAAAGAAAGAGAGAUACAAGAGAGAACAAAUGAGAACAGAUUGGACAAAAUAAAACAAAGGGACAGAAACAUAGAAAUGUUGCAAUUCCAAGAAUUACAACGGCAAAGAAAUGAGCUGAUAGAGAAAAGGAGAAACGCAAGACAAGAAAGGGAUGAGCAACAUAGAGUUGUUGAAGAACAGAGAACAGAAUUAAGAGAUAAGCCUUUGAGGACCCAAAGUAGGACUUCAGACAUUGAAAGUCAAAGACUAAAGGAGACCGUGAUUGAUAUAGAAUAUGAGGACGAUGAAUUGAAAGGAGCAUGUGGGCAUAUUAACAUCGAUUCGGAUAUCGAGAGAAUGGAAUUCAGAGAAAACAGCAGAUAUACCGAAAGGACAUAUACAGAUCAGUCACUUAUUACAAUCAUUGAAUACGGAUAUGUCGACCGUGAAAGGACAAUGCCUAAGGACCAGAAACAUUAUAAAUCUUUUGACCAGUUCUCAACCGUAAGCAAUGACACUGUAGACAAAGGAUUACAGUGGUUGCGAAGAAUGGAAAUUCAACUUGAAGAAGAACAUCAUGCGAAUUCUGAGGACAGAAUUAAAAUUGAGGGAGAGAUAAAUAGAACACAAGGUUACCAGUUGAUACACAAAUGCAACAAGAGGGACAUGGACUUUAAAAUGGAAAUGGAAACUUUGCAGAAGCAAAUUGAGUUAAUGAAACUCGAGGAGAGGGAAGCAGUCAGAAAGAUACAGAUAAAGGAAGAGUUGAGAGAAACAAAACAAAAAGAAAAGCUACAAGCAGAACAAAGGAAGCAAAAUGAAGACAGAUUGAGGACACUCAAACAAAAGAAAUAUGAAUUAGAACAGAGUUUACUGGAAAAGCAGAGCGUUCUGAGCUCACUGGCUGAAGAAGUACUUGCUAUUGGUGAAGAGCGAAAUAAACCUCAGAUCAAUAAGAUCAGUGAAAGCAAACAGGCUUUCAUGAUUAAACCAAAUAUACCGAAAUUUACAGAACCAAGCAAUUUUCCAUAA